GAUUUCAUAUCAAAUUUUGUGGUGAAGCUUGUGUAAAGUGGAGAGAGUAUGUCAACAAGCACUAUCGCAAAGUUGUUCAUGAAGCUUAUAAAACGUUAUUCCGCCAUGAAAUAACUUGUUACGUUGGUAAUGAAGCUUACUAUAGACAUGAUGCUAUGGUUGAAAUCACAGGUACACAGAAACCAAUGGUAAAAGGCAGUGGUCUCACCUUACUAUCACCAGGUCAAUAUCGGUAUCCAUUUCAAUUCAAACUACCAGCUAAAAACUUGCCAGCCUCGUAUGAAGGAAAGUACGGAUAUGUGCGAUAUUAUAUUGAAGCUAGGAUUGACAGAACAUGGAAAAGUGAACAUUUCAUUAUUCAAGGAUUCUCAAUACAAGGAUCACCAGUAAAUCUGAAUAAAAAAGCUGAUAUUAGGACUCCCAUAUUAGUUGGCAAAGAAGUUGAAGUGGCCCAGGGAUGUAUAUCAUUAUCUCACAUUCAGGUGAAAGUUGAAACAAAUCGCAGUGGAUAUGUACCUGGAGAAACUCUUCAGUUCACAGCAUAUGUCAAUAAUAAGAGUAGACAUAGAAUCAAGAAAUUCAGAGCAGUAUUUGUUCAGUUCACAUCCUACUAUGGACACAGACGGGAUUCUAGUAAGAAGAUAUGUCUUCGAGAACAGACCUCUGAAUUAAUAGUAAUAAAAGGAAAAGGAUUCAAAGCUGAAGUCACCAAACAAAUAGAGGGUGAAUUUGAGAUACCGCCACUGCCAGCCACAGGAUCUCAUACAUUCCCAUACAUCAAUAUUGAAUAUUAUUUGCAAUUUACAGUGAAAGUAGCCAACUUUGACAAGACUGUGAUUGAUGUAAUUGUACCUGUGUUGAUUGGUAAUAUUCCAUCUAGUCAAGUGUACACAUGGAAAGAACCGCAAUCUAAUUUGGUGUCUUUAUAUCAACCACUGCUAACAUUUGACUCUGGAGACGCCACUGAAGCGUCACCAAUGGGAGUUCCACAACCAAUAGAGAAAGAAUGUAUACCACCAAUUCGUGUCAGAAAACCAGAUGACGAUGAUGAUAUCAAGGAAGUCAUUGUGGAUUUAAAAGGUCGAUACAAACCUAAAUAUAGAUGUUAUAUUGAAAAAUGUGAUGUUAAACCAAAGAUGAAAGUAUUUCAAGUUGGGGAAGAUUCUGUUCGUUUCUUUUUUAUGAAAUACAUGCCUUACAAGGUAGCUAAAGUGGCUGUACAUAAUGCUAUUGAGAAAUCAAAAUAAUAUAUAAAAUAUUUCUCUGUUAGUCUCCAUUAUUCAUAAUUGG